UAAUGCACAUAAAUUCGUAUUUAUAAAUUUACUUCAUUUAUUUAAUGUCAGUAAAGUAACUUCUGUUUAGUUGAGGUGGAUAAUCAUAAUUUUGUCCAGUAACAGUUUAGUGGCGAGUGAUUAUUAAAUCCACUAUAAAUAGCACGUGGAAUAAUUAAAUUUAGCAAUGGCCUCAUACAAGACGGUAUCGGAACCAAUUACUAAGUUAUGUCAUAUAGUAACCAGAUAACACCUUAAUUUUUGCUGCCCCGUCCAAAAGAUAACAUUAUCGCUGCUCAUUGUACGUAACAGUAACAAUCAGUAUUGAAUAUACAACCGGUCGUGUUGUGUGUGUCAAAAUGAUGCUCACUGACGUAUCUGGGACAGAGGAAGCCGCAGAAGAACUAAACAAAAAGCCCAAAAGCGAUGGAAGCGAUGCACUGGAGUCAGUCAUUAUGCAUGUGGGUGAAAUGGGAUUAUACCAGAAGUUAUUAUUUGCAAUGAUGGCUCCUUUUGGAAUAUUCUUCGCAUUUGUGUAUUUCGUUCAAAUGUUUAUUACCGCAACGCCACAACGUCAUUGGUGUAGAGUACCAGAGCUGGAACAUUUGGAUAUGGAAGUGAGACGCAACUUGACAACACCAGUCAUUGGUGAUGAAUGGGAGAAAUGCUUGAUGUAUGACACGAAUUGGACAGAAGUUCUUAUAAAUAUGACAGCACCUAUCACCGCAAACCUGAUUCCUUGCAGAGACGGCUUAGAAUUUGAACUUGGGGAUAUCCCAUACCAUACAGUUGUUAGUGAGCGAAGUUGGGUCUGUGAGAAAGCUAGCUAUGCACCAAUAGCUCAAGCCACCUUUUUCGCUGGUUCCACGCUCGGCGGUAUCCUCUUCGGCUGGAUAGCUGACUUCUAUGGCAGGGUGCCAGCUUUGGUUGGAGCCAAUAUAAUUGCAUUCGUUGGAAGUGUUGCUACAAUCUAUACAACUAGUUUAUGGGAUUUUAUCAUAUCUCGAUUCAUCGUCGGCAUGUCCUAUGACACGAUAUUUAUGGCUAUGUAUAUUUUAGCCUUAGAGUACGUUGGUCCCCGUCACCGUACAUGGGUUGCAAAUAUUUCUAUAGCAAUAUAUUUUGGCGGUGGUUGUCUAAUGCUUCCCUGGAUAGCUAUAGCCGUUGGUGACUGGAAAAAAUUGCUCUGGUACACCAGUUUGCCUUAUCUCAUCGUUGUAUUCGUGCCUUUUAUUGUACCUGAAAGUGCUAGGUGGCUUGCGUCUCGGGGCAGAGUGAACCAAGCAGUAAAGGUUUUGAAACGAUUUGAAAAAGUUAACGGCACUACAAUUCCUCAAGAUGUAUUGGAUGAUUUUAUAGUGUCUGCAAGUCAAACUCGUCAGAACAAGCAGGAGUCUAUCAAAAGUGUUUUUAAGAGCGGCCCUCUCCGAAGGAUGAUGUUUUUGAUGGUGAUGGCAUAUAUGGCGUGUGCAAUUAUCUUCGAUGGCCUCGUGAGGAUGUCAGAGGGUCUGGGAUUGGAUUUCUUUAUCACAUUUACACUGACUUCAGCGACUGAAAUACCAUCAGUUACGCUAUUGGCUUUGGUAUUGGAUAGAUGGGGAAGAAGAAAUCUUGUUUGUGGACCUUUAAUAAUAUCUGGAACAUUAUGUUUUAUUGCAGCUUUUGUACCGAAAGGUGUUCCUCAAGUGUCUCUGGCAAUAAUGGCCAGAUUCAUGAUAAAUAUGGCGUAUAACUCCGCCAUGCAAUGGUGUACAGAGCUCUUACCUACCGCUGUGAGAGCCUCCGGAUCCUCACUAAUACAUGUCAGUGGAUAUGUUGCCACUGUAGUGUCACCAUUCGUCGUGUUUUCUGAAAGACUAUGGCGUUCGUUACCACUGCUUAUCCUGAGUGUUAUAGCAAUGACAGCGGCUGCUUUUGGUUUUAUGCUACCAGAGACAAAGGGCAGACCGAUGCCACAAACAAUAGAAGAUGGUGAAAGAAUUGUACGGAGCUACACAUUAUGCGGAAGUACUCCAGUAGGUGAGACGGAAGCAUACAAUGAUAAAGAAAAAGCACUUGACACUUAGUACAUACAAAGGAAACCUUGAAUUUUAAAAAGGAUAUAUUGGUAUGGUUCGUAAUUUAAGCAUAAAAAGCACAUAGAAAGAACGUUUGACUGUUUUAAUUAUUGUAAAUUUAUUCUGUAAACUAAAAAACUUAAUUAAUUUAGAAGAGACUUAAUUAAUUAUUUUUAAUUACAUGUUUAGUACAAACAAAACCUUUUGUCGAAUUGUUGACGAAGUACCAUAGACAUCGAUAUUGUAUUUAGAACGGAGAAAUGAAAUAUAGUAAGUCAAUGAAGACCGCUCAUUAACGCACACCUAAGUGCACGGAUUCAAUAAUAAGAAAUUAAGCACUUUUAUAUAACAAUGCACAGAACUAAUCAAUAAACUGUUUUAUAAUUAUAACUAAAAGAGUAAGAUCUCACAAUAGUGCUAAUUCUAGUAAUUAGUCGUAGAAAUUAAACAUUUAAAUUGAAAUAAUUAAACCAAAAAUAAAGUCAUAUAUGUACCGAUAUUUGUGAGUUACUAUUUAUUUGUAUUGACUGACGCCUAAACAAUUAGUCCGAAGAGUCGAGUCAUAUUGCGUCAUUUUACGAAUAGCAAAAAUAUAUUUCAGGAUAAAAAUAAAAUUCAAAUAUAUGCUGUUAACCAGUCUAGUUUACAUUGCAUUAACACAAGUCUGAUGUGGAAUGCCUUAAUUAAAAUUAAUUAAAUAUUAAAAUAUGUUGAUGACUUUAAAUCGAAAUAAGUUUGUAUAAAGAAAUGAAAAAGUAGAAUUAGAAAAUAAUUAAUCAUGAACGCUGUUCAAAUUACGGUGCUUUUUUUUUAAUUUGACUGAAUGUAUGUGUGUCGUAUGUAUUUAAGAAAACGUGAAAUUCGUUAAAGGAAUAUUUAUAAAAUAUGUCGUCUUUUUGCAAAAGAAAUACCAAAUUCAGAUGUAGUUUUCAAAUAGAUGGCAGCUUAUAUAUUUAUUAUUAUCUGUAAUAUAAAGUUGUAUGUUGUAGUUGCAUAGGAUAAACAUUGCAGUGGCAAGGAAAAUUUUGCUUAAUUAUCAAGUUCAAAUUGACGUUUACUUGAACAACAGUUCCUUAAGAUAAAAAUUAUCUGCAUUCUAAUUAAAAGUAAAAGACUACGCCGCCUAAAACUAAUAUUAUAUUUGUCUGAAGGAGGAGUUUUACUAUUCUACGUGUUAUAUACGUAGAUGAACUUAAAAAUAUAAUAAAUAGUAGAACUUAGCGCCUGCUAGUAUUUUUAUUCUGGGUAUUUUUGUGUUUUUUAUUAUUUUUAAUUUAUGCAAUUAAAUGUUAAAAAGCAAUAUCACUAUCAAAAAAUCGACCAAAUGCAUUUCCAACCUUAUUUAUCUUAUUAGGCUAUUUAUUUCAAAUAAAAAAAACAUGCGACAUUUAUUAAAAUAUUAAUUGAUUCAUUAAGUUAAUUUAAUGAGUUAAUUAAUAUGAUACAAUUUUCAAGGUUGUACUUUGACUGUUCUUUUGUAUAACAUGUUGUAUUAAUAAUUUAUUAUUAUAUUACAAAUCGCCACCCACCAAAACCAAAAACCAAUGCCGAUUUCUAACUUAAUGACCUUAAUUAAAGACAUCUAAUCACGCAAGUUCGAAGUUCCUUCACAUAUAUGUGGGAAACUUGAAAUUACGUGGUAAGGAAAAUUGAUAUCGAAAUCGCUGUUGGCAGGUUUGUGGAAAUCUUAAACACCAGACUAUCUAUCACCACUUUAAGCAAGAUUUAAGCAUGUGUACCGCGUGUCAUAUUAAUCUUGCUUGGAAUGGCUUUGAUAGUCCUGGUUGAAAAUCUAUAUGUGAAGAGAAUUGAAAAACUGUCGUAACUAAAUUACUGCCAGUUGUUAUAAACUGUGAUACCUACUUUGAUAAUUGUCAAUUAUUGUAAGUAAUAAAGGUAUUUUAAGUA